AUGUUAAACCGGAGGCCCUUGGUCUCUUCUAGGAUCUGCUAUGGAUCCUGGAAACCGCUAAAAGCUAUCAGAUACAAAGUAACAGAUUCAAAGCAUGAAAAAGCAGAAGAUUUGUCCGAUGCGUUGCGACACACUUCCAAGCUUCGAGUGACAAAUAAAGAGUUUGCCACAUUAGUAGCAGAUCUAGAUACCUCCAAAGGCACAAACAAAAACAGCGAUGGGACAGCUAACAGUGCAAAACAUAGAAGUCUUAAGCGUUCAAGUCGAGACACAGAUGUGUCAAUGAGCUUACGAAGUAAAACCAACCUGCGACUUCUUAAGGGGUUUCUGAACGGGAAAAGUACAGAUAAUGAAGCAGAAGAUACUCAUGGAAGACCGGUAUCGAUAUCGGAUGUGAAACUUCGCGCCAAACCAAAAUCAAUCAGAGGAAUUACUGCUGGUAAAUCACCGGUAGUUCAAAGCAAAACCCUAGACAAUUCCACCAUUCCUCGACUCCAACAUAAUCUUGACCGGGCGCUCUUUUCACCAGGGGUCCACUUUCUUCAGGAUCCUCGCACGAGAGUGUACAAUUUUACUCCUUAUCUCAAAAAUAUCAUCAAGUAUACCGAUUUCAAUUUCGAAGCCAUUGGCUCAUUUGUCACCGUUUCCAAGGAUGCCACGCUUUUACAAGCUGCCAACGAGCACGGCAAGCAAUUCUAUUCAUCCACGUCUUCCAUGACGUCUGCAUUGAUCCAAUUCUACUUUCUACUCAACAACUACGAUCCAGCAAGCGGCGCCAGAUUUCCAUUUCCAAAGUUUACCGGCGCCAGCGCUAGACUUCCAGCAUCCCUAAUCAUCCAGCCGAAAGGGAAAAACCCCGAAAAUGGUCAGACGGUUUACGCUGUAGAAUCUGACAAGUCAGCUGAUACAGAGAUUCUUUUGUCGGCAAUGGGACAUUGUUUGGAGGCACUUCUCACCACAGAAGAAAAACAGUUUGAGCAGUAUAAAGUAUCGUCUUUAGAGACUCCAGCACCAACUCCAAACACUUAUAAUUACGCAACAUAUGGUGACUUUUUGAUGCGUUCGCAGCUCGAUUGCUACGACGAGCGACUUCCAGGAAACGGAACUUUCGAUCUCAAGACUCGAGCAGUGUGUGCUAUUCGGUACGACUCUGGAAAUCCUCAUCUUGAGAAUAACCAGUACCAAAUAUGGAAAUUGAAAGGACAAUUUGAGUCGUUUGAGCGAGAGUACAACGAUUUAAUUCGAACAGGAGCCUUACUCAAGUACGGAUUCCAGGCGCGGAUUGGUCAAAUGGACGGAAUCUACGUGGCUUAUCAUAAUAUCAACUCGUUCUUUGGAUUCCAGUAUAUCCCUCUUGACGAAAUUGACAGGGUAUUUUAUUCGUACGAAAAGGGAACACCAAAGUCCAUAAAUGUCAAGAAACUUGAAGAUUUACACGAUGAUCUUCCUUCGUUUGUGGCAGAAACUCAGUUUAAGAUGUCGUUGGAUGUUUGGACGAAUAUGUUGAAAACAAUCAUUGAUGAUUUGAAGGCAGAACAUGGCGAAACUGCAUUCAGAUUAGUUCUCAAAACCAUGCGGAGAGUAGGAUUGCUGAGACACAGAAUGCAAGUCAUGGCGGUCCCACUUUCUACAGAGCAAGUUUCUACCCUACAACAAUUUCCCAAGUCGUUCAAAACCAGUUUCCGAGAAGAUAUCGACCCACAAGAACGCCAUGCAAAUCUCCGCGAUCACAGCAGCAAGCUCGAUGCAUUCAAUGAAGAAACCGCAAAAGCUGGAGUUUUAUCAUAUUACAUUUAUGUGGAGAAUCUUUUCGGUCCUAACAAGAUAAGCAUAAAGGACCCACAUGGGUACCCUCGAAAUAAGUCUCAACCAUGGCUGUUAUCCUACACCAUCAAGCGGGUCGACAAAGGUCCUGAGCGAUACUUGGAACUACUUCGGGUUGCUACAAAAUUAUUAACAAACAACGAACCGCAACCAACUCCAGAACCCACAGAUGAAGAGGCAGAAAUCAAUAUUGUAGAUCCAACCGAUCUCAUGAAGGCAUACCUGGCCAUUGGUGCUGCGCGAGCCACCAAGUGGGAACCAAAAGAUGAGGCACGGGUGGUUUAUAACCCAAAAUAG